UUCAUGACCCGGAACCCUCCAUUUGGCCAGGCAUUAGAGGGGGACAAAACCCCAGCUUCUGCUUACAAGAUGAUGGACAAUGAAGUCUUUGUGAACUUCCUCCUCUACAGCACCAUGCUAGUCAUUAAGAUGUAUUUGGUGGCCGUUAUCACCGGGCAAGUGAGGCUUCGUAAGAAAGCUUUUGCUAAUCCAGAAGAUGCCGUGAAGCAUGGAGGCCUCCAGUAUUGCCGGACAGACCCAGAUGUGGAGCGAUGCCGAAGAGCCCAUGGGAAUGACCUGGAGAACAUCUUACCAUUCCUGUUCUUGGGAUCCAUCUAUUCCUUCCUGAACCCAGACCCCUUCAUAGCCUGGCUUCAUUUUUUCAUCUUCUUUAUAGGGAGGAUAACUCAUACCGUCGCCUACCUGGUGAAACUGAGAGCUCCCAUUCGCUCGGUGGCCUACACCAUAGCUCAGUUCCCUUGUGUUUCCAUGGCUCUGCAGAUCCUCUGGGAGGUCAUAAAGCUGUAGCUAGUCAUCUAUAGCAGUCAGAUAUGGUGCCAUCUUCCCACAGAGAAAGGGUAAUGAAUGCAGAUUUUCCAGAACUCCAUCUCCUCUCCAUUUUUACCUCUCUUCUUUUCUCACUUUGCUUCCCUGUAUGACUGAUCCAAGCACCUGGUUGGCUGGACACUUAUAGAAUGUAUGUAUGUACUCUUUAAUUUCAUGGAAUCUAGUAAAGUUGCUGAUUACAUAUGAUUACAUGGCAUAUGGAGGAGACCAGUCAGAUCCCAAAUUCUUCAAGUUUGCUCCAAUAGCACAAUUUAGAACAUAUUAGUCCAGUAUGCAUGUCUUUGCUCUUCUUAUUCUCUUUGGCUCUCUCUGUCUUUGUCUGUCUGUCUCUCAGGGGAUGGUGUUUGAGUCCAUUUGAGUUUUAAGACCCUGGAAAUGGAAAUACCUCUUUUUGUUAAAUAUUUUUGUAGUUGAAGUUGAAUGAGACUAGGGCCAUAAGAACAAUCUAUUGUGACCCCAGCAUAGGUUGGCAUUAUUUGGUAUGCUCUCUCGUCUAUUGCAUUUUUUCCCAUAAGAGAUCACUUUGGAGUAGACAAAGGGCUACCUUUUCUAGUAAUGAUGAAACAGGUCCACUAGUUAGAUGUUGGUUUAGAGAUAAGCAAUGGAGUCCAACUCCCUGAGGGAAGGGGGACAGAUUGAAUACUAAUAGCUAUACAUUAGGAAGAGCAUAAAUGAGAUAAAUAAAAACUGAAACCUAAGAUUGUAGACAUCUGGAAAUUUAUUUGCAAGAACAUACUUUUUUCUUGUUCUGUCAAGUGUUUAUUGUUAUUAAAUUGAAUUGUUUGAGAAUUUGGCUCAUUGCA